AUGUACGCACCAGCUUCGGCGGGCAAUCACACCAGCAGAUGCAGCAGCCGUAACUCGCAAGCGGCACCCAAAAGGCCGCGCCACGAAGGAGUGGGGUGGUGUCGAGUUCGCUCAGGACGUGACGACUCGGAGGGGGUGCAGGUCUGGGGUGUCCUCGUUUCGCAGAACCCGCCGUCGAGAGAAAAUGGGCUUCUGACCUACGCUCAGCGUUGCCGCUGCUCUGCGGCAGAGGCAGACGCGCCGGGAAAGGGGUCAGCGAGGGAGUCGAUGAAUUCAUCGUCCCUGCGCGACUGGGGAGAGGACUGGUUGUGGCGGCGUGCUCCACCGGCGAUGCGAAAGCUCUACUUUCCAGCAUGCCCCAACAGCGAGAACGAGUACCCCUGCGCACCAUCCUCCCCAGAACCUGCUGAGACGAGUGCGACAGCCCCGCUGCAGCACGGAGGAGACAAGUCGCACCCCCUACCACGCCGCCUCCUCUUGCCUCUGUGCGGCACUCGGGGCAACAACUGCACUGUCAGCCUUGGUCGCCUUGCCAGCAACGACAUAGGCUUCAUCACAAACCCCUGUGUCAGCAGCGUGCAUUGCACCAUUACCUACCACCCAGGAAGCGAUCGUCGUCGCGGUGCCGUUACUGCGGCGGCCACCGCAGUAGCGGCAGAAGACAAGGAGGAGGCACAGAGGGCCACGGACGAGGCAACCAUUGCCGUGGACAGGGGUGUUGCUCGUCUUCACCGCAGUCCUCUAUCGGCAACGGAGGCGCCGACUUCGCCGCACCCGCGGGGCGGUGCAACCGCCCGCAGCGCCGCCGCCGAGAAGCAGCAGCAACCGUCGGUCAACGCUCACGUUCUGCUCUCUGACUACAGCACGAAUGGGUGCCUUGUCAAUGGUCGGAUGGUGGGCAAAGGCUGCUCCGCCCGCCUGCGCGACGGUGACACGGUGGAGCUCAUCAACGCCGGCCCGCGACGCACGGCGGACUACAACUUGUCUUUUGUCUUCCUCAGCGCGGACGCGUGGGUGCGUUGGGUGAAAGAGCAGCAGCGGCCACCGGAGGUGGCGACGACACAAGGCGCGGAUGAAGGCACUGCCAUGACGGCGAGGGCUGCGAGGAAGGAACCGCAGCAACGUCAAGCUCGGCAGAUGGCCGCACGACGGCGUGCGCUGCUUUGCAGAGCGCAGUGGAACGUCGAGGCGCAGGUGCGGCGCAUGUACAACCACAGCGUUGAUGAGUAUUACUCCCUUGAUCGGACACAUCCACUGGGCCAGGGAACAUUCGGCGCCGUGUACCGUGCCACCUUACGCACCAGCGCGUCCGCCUCAUCGCAGUCGGCGUCCCUCCUUCCCACUGGGAGUGGUAUCGCGGCUGGCGGGUCCCCGAGUUGGGAGUACAUCUUCAGCAGCGCCAGCGUGAGUGAGUGGCCGGCGAACCCGGCAGAGGUGGCUCGGCUACGAGACGCCUACAUACGAGGCAAAGAACAACAGGCGCCAGCCACGGUGCUGCGCGCGUCCGCGUCGGCAGCCUUGAAGGCAACAUGGAAGGCGGAAGCAACCACGACGGACCCGGUAUCACAAGUGUUCGCUGUCAAGAUCAUCCGCAAGCGGCGCAUGUUGGUGGAAGCCCUUCAGCAGCUGCGACAGCCGCAGCCGCAGCGUACCAAGGAAGGCGAAGGCAGUGCAAGUGGAGUGCCGGUAUCGUGCGUACAGAGCACCGCAAUCGCCACGACUGGUUCUGCGGGCACAGUGGCGGGGACGAUAUCGUCCGCAGAGGCCGCUGUGAUUGAGCAGCUAUUGCUCUUGGAGACGCAGCCCGACGAUCUGGCUGCGCAGAGGCGGGAGGAGUGGACCGCAGGUGCACUCGCCAGUCUUCAGCUCGCCGACAGCAUGCCCGCCCCCCUGACGCCGUUUUCCUCGCUCAGCGCAUGGCGGAAGUCGAAGCACACGUCACGAGACGACGGCGCCUCAGAUGAUCGCGGAGAUGCACAACCAUCGCCGCAGCAGCACGAUCGUGAGCAGCGUCGUCGCGAGCUGAUCCGCUGCCUCCCCGUGGCGCUCCGACGCACAUAUGAAAGAGAGCUGCAGCACCGCCGCCGUCAGCAAUGUGAAAUUAACGUUCUCCUCGCCGUGCGUCACCUCAACGUCACCGCGCUGUACGAGGCGUUUGAUCAGCCAGACCACCUGGCGUUGGUGAUGGAACAGGCGACUGGAGGGGAGGUAUGGGACCUGCUACAGACCUACAAACGACGUGAACGCGGGAGACAAGCAGGUGCCCGUAUGAACGACUCGGCCACGUGCGGCGACUACGACCACGACGACGACCUCGUCUCAGUCGGCGGCCCGCUGCCGGAGUUUAUGGUGAAGACUAUUAUCGCUCAAGUCAUUGAGGCGGUGCUGUACCUUCACACGAUGGGCAUCAUCCACCGUGACUUGAAGCUCGAGAAUCUCAUGCUGCACCGCCCCUGCGACCGCUACGCGCUCAACGCGCUGCAGCUGCAGAUGUUGAUCCAUCAACUCCGCGCCUACGCCCACCAACGCCAUGCAAGCGACGCGUCCACGUCGCCCACGUGUGCUUCUCACGCCUGCAAAGAGAACAGCGAGGCGGUGGAAUUCACGAAUCCGCUGUCGGUGCUGCACACAGUGCACAUACCACGGCACUUGUGGCCGGUCGUCAAGGUCAUGGAUUUCGGUCUCUCGCGUGUGCUCGACCACCUGCAGACACAGCUGUUCGAGCCCACAGGGACACCGCACGGCUUCACCGGGACAACCUCGCAGACGCCACCGGACGCGGAAGGCCGGUCUGCUGCAGUGACAGUCGCCACCACGGAGGCGGUGCCUGAGCGGGUGAAGCUCAUCUACUCCCGCAACGACGCCACGACGAGCUGCGGCACCCCUAUCUAUGCAGCCCCUGAGGUCACCAACCCAGCCCUGCGUCCGGACAAGGUAGGGUACAGUGCAGCAGUCGACAUGUACUCCGUCGGCGUCAUCGCGUACGCGCUGCUGACGGGGAGGGCGCCGUUUCCAUCGAAAAAACACCCGCGGCGGCCAGACGGGCCACCUGUGGUGGACUAUGACGCCCCCCUGUGCUUCGAGCGACGCCGUCGCCGUCCAGCAGUGCCGCAAGACGAUGCCGGUUCCCCAGGCAGUGCUGCGCCGCUGCCAUUGCCACGGCUGUCCAGUUCGGCUGCCCGCCCCCCUGUUGCUGUCGCGUGCCUACCUCCGCUGUCAGUGAUAGAGUCGGUGCGCGUCGUGCUGCAAGAGCGCGCCGAGACGUCAGCGGCGCCUUCCACCGCCUCGGCCAAGGCACAGCAGUGGCAUCGACACGCCGAGGCGGUGGCGGCGUAUCUUUAUCGUGCGGAGCAGACGGACGCCCAUGCGGAGAGCAGCGCUGGCAGAAGCAGCGCCGCGUCGGCAGACACAUUCUUUGACGUCACCGUGGAGCAGCUCUGCGCGUCACUCACCACUUACGCCGACAUGUGCGCGUCGGGCGGGCUGGAGGUGGACCUUGACCGCCUUCUGUACGUCUCUGCAGACGCCGCCGCAACUGGUGUGGAGGCGGCAAACGCGUCCGUCGGUCGUGUGGUGUCGACUGAUGGGCACAUCACGGAAGUGUCGCUACCGCCCGUCUCGGCGCUCGGCUCCUCCUUUCUACGCGGGCUUCUGGAGAAGUACCCGUCGCGGCGGCUGACGGCUUACGAGGCGCUGCAGCAUCCGUGGUUGCGCGAGUGCGUGUAA